AGCGCGUCAGACCUUCAAGUACUUUGUGCCAAAUCAUUCCCGCUUGCCACAUGAGUCUAAAUCAUGACGGAUGCCAAGUAUGUCCUCUGCAGAUGGAAAAAGCGAUCAUGGCCUGCAAAGGUUUUGGCCAGACCUAAGGCGUCAACAAAAGAUAAGAGAAAAAAGGAAUUUUUUCUAAAUGUUCAAAUACUCUCCGUAGACAAAAUAAUUCGGGUGAAAAGCACGCAAGUCGAGAUCCUGAAGAAGUCUCACAUUGACGAGAUUGCUGACUUAUUAGGCUCAAAGAAUGAGGUUCGCGAGGACCCCCUGGAGGAGCUGACCUACAGACGGUCGCUUCGAGUGGCUCUGGAUGUUUUGAACGAGGGAACCAAUUCUUGUCAAGAAAGCUCUUCAAGGGAAGAAAGAACUGCUGUGUCUCCAAGAGAGCAGCCCAAGGAACUGGCCUCCUCGCUCUGUGAUCCCAGCUCUUCAUCUUUUCUCCUCAAAGGCAUGUCAGGCAGUUGUGGACCUGAGAGGAGGAAACGUGUAGACCAAAGGCUAUCAGGUUUGCCCGCUUGUGAAAAGGACCCCCAGUGCAAAGUGGACCACAAGAAGUGGUUUGGGAAAAGUGAAAUCCCACGAGCCCUGGUGCUCUCCGCAGCCGCAGGUGGUUCUCAGGAUGGUAGUGGAUCAAGAAUACACCAGGAAGAUCGGAAGACCCCAAGUAAAAGGGGAAGAAAUUCGACACAGGAGCCCAGCUUGUGUCAGAAUGCACGUUUACUUUCAGAGGGAGAUCCUGAAAAAGAGAGGAAGAUAAAAGCAGGCAGCCCGUCGGCCCCUCGCUCGCCUCCUAGAAUUGAGGAGGGUCUGAAGGCUGAAGGGCGAGACCCAGGUCUGCCUUUGGGUGGCCCCACUCUGCUCCUGGCCCCGGGGUGCCCGGAUGCCCGAGGCUGCCCCUCCAAGGAGCUGUGCCCAGACGGCAGCCAGCAGCCAGGGCCAAAGGGACGCAUGACUCUGCGCAGUGCUGCCAAACUCGGCCCACCUCCCCUGCAGUUCCCCGCAGAGGAAACAAGCAAUUUUCACCUCCUGGAGGAAGGUAAAAGUCCGUUGGUGGAGCGUGGUGUCUCGGUGCUGGGCGAGCCACAGAGGGUGGCUGUGGUUCUCCGACGGCUGGCUUCGGAGCCGGGCACUCGUCUGUUGCAUUUGCUGCCUGAUGCGGAUCUGACGUAUCUGUUCUGUCUUUGUUUUUCUUUUUCUCUUUCUUUCUUUUUAAUUCCAGAACCACGCUCGUUUGAAGUAGGAAUGCUAGUCUGGCUUAAAUACCAAAAGUACCCCUUCUGGCCGGCGGUGGUCAAGAGCGUCCGGCGAAGAGAGAAGAAAGCAAGCGUGCUUUUUAUUGAAGGGAACAUGAACCCAAAAGGGAAAGGUAUCACCGUGUGUCUUAAAAGACUGAAGCACUUCGACUGUAAAGAGAAGCACGCUCUGCUGAACGAAGCCAAGGAGGACUUCGACCAGGCCAUCGGCUGGUGUGUCUCCCUGAUCACUGACUACAGGGUCCGGCUCGGCUGUGGUUCUUUUGCCGGCUCUUUCCUGGAAUAUUAUGCGGCCGAUAUAAGCUAUCCCGUCCGCAAGUCCAUCCAGCAGGAUGUGUUGGGGACCACGUUCCCUCAGCUGAGCAAAGGGGACCCGAGGGAGCCUGAGGCGGGGAGCCCCCAGGGCCGGAGGCAGCCGUGCAGGAAGGUCCUCCCUGACCGGUCGCGGGCCGCCCGGGACCGGGCCAACCAGAAGCUGGUGGAGUACAUCGUGAAGGCGAGGGGCACCGAGAGCCACCUGCGGGCCAUCCUGAAGAACAGGAAGCCGUCCAGGUGGCUGAAGACGUUUCUGAACUCCAGUCAGUACGUGACCUGCGUGGAGACGUACCUGGAGGACGAGGAACAGCUGGACCUGGUGGUGAAGUACUUACAAGGAGUCUUCCAGGAGGCGGGCAGCAGGAUGCUGACACGGAUCAGCGGCGAUAGGAUCCGCUUCAUCCUGGAUGUCCUUCUGCCCGAGGCCAUCAUCUGUGCAAUUUCUGCAGUCGACGAGGUGGAUUACAAGACGGCCGAGGAGAAGUACAUAAAAGGACCUUCACUCAGCUACCGGGAAAAAGAAAUAUUUGAUAACCAGCUCCUAGAGGAAAGGAAUCGGCGAUGCUGA